AUGGGAAACGCUAACGGCUGCACCGUGGACGUCAUGCAGGCGGUGGAGAUGCACCUCUGGUACAAGAAGUUCAUGCUGGAGUGCCCCUCGGGACAGCUCACCCUGCACGAGUUCAAGCAGUUCUUUGGGCUCCGCGGGCUCGACCCCGAGGCCAACGAAUACAUUGAGCAGAUGUUCGCCACCUUCGACAUGAACAAGGACGGGUACAUGGACUUCAUGGAGUACGUGGCAGCCCUCAGCCUGGUGAUGCGGGGAAAGAUGGAGCACAAGCUGCGCUGGUACUUCAAGCUGUAUGACGUGGAUGGCAACGGCUGCAUCGACCGGGAGGAGCUGCUCAACAUCAUAAAGGCCAUCCACGCAAUUAGCGGCAAUGACGAUCCAGAUCUGUCUGUGGAGGACUUCACCAAUCGAGUGUUUGACAGGAUCGACGUCAACGGAGAUGGGGAGCUGUCACUGGAGGAGUUUGUGGAAGGGGCGCGUGAAGACAAAGACUUCAUGGAUGUGAUGAUGAAGAGUCUGGACCUGACGCACAUCGUCACCAUGCUCCACAACCGCAGGCACAGCAUUUAA